GAAGUUGUUUGGGAAUUACUAUUUCUGUAAUUUUUUCUUUUCCUCUCUCCCACUAGUUUUCCCUGACUCCCACACUUCAAAAUAGAUGUAUAAUAGGAAUAGAAGGAAACACUGGUCAGAAAAAAAUCUGAGGGAGGUUAGGAAAGAGUUUUUUUGGAUAUGUUUUCCUCUUCUUUUGGAACCUGGUGAACUGAAGCUCAAAUCGGACAGGAUAGGGGGACUUGGUGGUCCCUCCAACUUGUCUGACAGGCAUUGGGAAGACGAGAGAGAAAGGAAAGAGUAGCGAGAGAGGCAGAGCACCACUCCACACCUCCUCCCAGCAAAUGGGCGAGCACGUCUAAAUCAUGUUGCUUAUCACUGCUGUUGUGCUGUGAUGUUGCUCAGGCAGAGCCCGGUGCAGAGCAGGCAGCCGUUCGGACCAGUGCCCAGACCCAGGACUGGCCCAGCCUCCUCAGAGCUGGAGACCCUCUCCCCACCACGUCUCUCACCCUCACCCCGUGCCCCCCUCAGUGACAUGUACCCUGAAGAGAGCCGGGGAUCUGGAGGGGUUGCGGCUGUGGACUUCCUGGAAGGGACGUACGACUAUGCCGCUCCCACCCCUGCCCCGACUCCUGUUUACAGCCACUCUGCCACCGGCUACUACUCUGCUCCUCUGGAUGCCCACGGACCCCCCUCUGAUGGCAGUCUCCAGUCUCUGGGCAGUGGGCCGACCAGUCCUCUUGUGUUUGUUCCCUCCAGCCCGAGGCUCAGUCCAUUUAUGCACGCGCCCAGUCACCACUAUUUGGAGACCACCUCAACACCCGUCUACAGAUCCAGUCACCAGACAGCCCCUGGAGAGGAGCAGUGUGGCUCCCGUGAUGAGGCAUACGGUGUGGGGGAGUUAGGAGUCGAAGCCGGGACUGGGGAGUUUGAGAUGGCCAAAGAGACACGUUUCUGUGCCGUGUGCAGUGACUAUGCCUCUGGGUACCACUAUGGGGUGUGGUCCUGUGAAGGCUGCAAGGCCUUCUUCAAGAGAAGCAUCCAAGGUCACAAUGACUAUAUGUGCCCAGCGACCAAUCAGUGUACUAUUGACAGGAACCGCAGGAAGAGCUGCCAAGCUUGCCGUCUUAGGAAGUGUUAUGAAGUUGGUAUGAUGAAAGGAGGUGUGCGCAAGGACCGCGGUCGUGUUUUGCGUCGCGACAAGAGACGGACCGGCAUCCGUGUCCGAGAAAAAGUUGUAAAAGGCCUGGAGCACCAAACGGCAUCCCACUGCGAUGGCCGCAAACACAGCGAGAGUGGAGGAGGAGGGAGAUCCUCUGCAGCCAGCACGCCUCCCGAACAGGUUCUUCUCCUGCUCCAGGGUGCUGAACCCCCAAUUCUUUGCUCCCGACAGAAGCUGAGCCGUCCCUACACUGAGGUCACCAUGAUGACCCUGCUGACCAGCAUGGCCGACAAGGAGCUGGUCCACAUGAUUGCCUGGGCCAAGAAGCUUCCAGGUUUUCUACAGCUGUCCCUUCAUGAUCAGGUUCUACUGUUGGAGAGCUCAUGGCUCGAAGUACUAAUGAUUGGACUCAUCUGGAGAUCCAUUCAUUGCCCUGGCAAGCUCAUCUUUGCUCAGGACCUCAUACUGGACAGGAAUGAAGGAGACUGUGUUGAGGGCAUGACUGAGAUCUUUGACAUGCUGCUGGCCACUGCUUCACGCUUCCGCAUGCUCAAACUCAAACCUGAGGAAUUUGUCUGCCUAAAAGCUAUCAUCUUGCUCAAUUCUGGGGCCUUUUCUUUCUGCACUGGCACAAUGGAGCCCCUCCACGACAGCGCGGCAGUUCAGAACAUGCUGGACAACAUCACCGACGCGCUCAUACACCACAUCAGCCAAUCAGGGUACUCGGCUCAGCAGCAGGCAAGAAGACAGGCCCAGCUGCUCCUACUGCUCUCCCACAUCAGGCACAUGAGCAACAAAGGCAUGGAGCACCUCUACAGUAUGAAGUGCAAGAACAAAGUGCCUCUGUACGACCUGCUGCUGGAGAUGCUCGAUGCUCAUCGCCUCCACCGCCCAUUCACUGAAGGUCAGUCCUUAUCCCAAGAUGACGCAGACCCACUGUCCAGCACCAGCAGCAGCAGCAGCAGCAGCAGCAGCGGCGGCUUCGGUGGCUCCUUCACAGCAGGUUCCAGCUCGGGACCUCGCAGCAACCACGAGGGCCCCUGCAGAGCCCCCUCAGCUCCAAGUGUCCUGCAUUACGGCGGGGCCCGCUCUGACUUCAAACAUCCACUAUGAGAUGGAGCACAAGCGACAUCCAAACUCACAUUUGUGCAGCUUAGGAGCAGAGAAAGUUUUAUUCGAAUUCGUAUCAUUGGAGAAUUAUUUAUAAAUGAGAUAAAAUCAUUUUAUAAUUAUUAGGACGAAGGUCCUCCUGUGAACUGGCUCAGACUAAUCUGAGUUUAAUUGUGGUUCAUUUUAUUUCUGCCUUUAAUUAAAUCUGUGGUUCAGACUUUAAUCCUUUGCAGCCUUCAAGUACCGCUUUUUGUUUUCCAAACAGCAGGUGUUGGGUCACAAUUUAGUACACCGUUGGUCACAGUGAUUUAUAAGUGAUGAGCAGCUAACUUUUCUGUGUAACUUUUCGUUUUGACCAAAGUGCACUUCUUCUUGGACCUAAGGGACUAAUGGGCAUUAUUUUCACUUUUGCAUAUAAGCGAUGAUACAUGCUACGUAACUGUGAAAGGCUGAGCAUCAGGUAUUAUGUAGCAUAAACAUAUAAUGUUAAUCCUGUUUGAUAAAAAAUAUCAAAUUUUGAAAUUAAAUUAAUCUGAUCUGAUAUUUUCUUUGUUACUUGCUAUAAACUAGGUAUUAGUGUCUGCAUUAUACAUAAAGGAUCUACUGUUUUUAAACUGUAAAAUUAGCUACAGUGAACCAAAGUACAACUUUCUCAAGUGUUAGGACAGCAAAUUAAGAUUUUUCAAUGUCAGAUUUACACACUGGAAAAAUCAGACCAGAAUCCAUAUUCACUAAGACAGGUAUGGAUUAUGAUUUGCCCUCUAUCUAGUCAUCAGUUUAAUAUAAAUGAAAAAUGUUUCUGUUGCUGAAAAACAUCAGACAGACAGGCUCCUCCUUCUCUUUAUGUUUAUAUGAAGAGACAUAAAGGAAGUGGUCACUCUUGGAAACGUUCAACUAUUCUUCUCUGUUCGUAUUCAUUCCCUGUGUGACAUAACUGGGAGGCUGGGGCUUAACUUUUAUUUGCAUAUUUUUCAGAUGAGAAAUUGUGCUCAUUUAUGAGAGAUUUCUGUGUCAAAAAACUGUAUUUGAAGCAAAAAGAAAAAGAAAAAAACAGCUGUCAGAUUCUCUUUGCAGAUAUCAAGUAUUUCAUUUUAAGGCUUGAAUUGAAUUUUGACUUGGACGUUAAAAUAAUAUGUACCGUACGUGUAUUAAUCAAAACUGGACAUUUACCCAAUCUGACAGCUGAUAGUUCAAUGUAUUUUCCUACAUGUUAAUUUAUCAAAUUAAUUUGAAUUAUAUACAGAUGAAUUCAAAUAAGGUUUUAAUGAACAAAU